AUGGGUUUCUCCCAGGAGCAGCAACGCCCUCAGGGAAUGUUCCAGGGGCGGUGGCGUCCCCAGGGGCCCUACCAGAGGCGACGGUGCCCCAGUGGCCCUUCCAGACGCGGAGGCGCCCCUUGGGGACCCCUCACGGGCAUCUCUCCUAGGGGGCCCUCCCAAGGGCAGUGGCGCACCCAGCUGCCCUCCUUAGGAGUGGCGGCGCCCUUAGGGGCCCUUCCAAGUGCGAUGGUGGCACCUAGGGCCCUGCUAGAGGCAGCGGCUCUCCCAGGGGCCCUGUCAGGGGCAGCGGCGUCCCUUAGUGCCCAGCUGGGAACGGCUGAAACCCCUAUGACUUCUUCAGGGCCAGGGGGCCCCCAGAGCCCCCCCAAGGGGCGGCGGCGCCCCCAAGGGGUCUUCCAGGUGCGGCGAGGGCCCAGCGGAGGCUUUCCCAGGAGUGGUGGAACCCCCAGGAGCCCUCCCAAAUGCGGAGGCGCCUUUUUAGUGGUUCUCACAAAGGCGCCAGCGCCUCCUGGGGCCAUCGCAGGGCCUGUAGCGCCUUCAGGGUCCUGCCGAGGGAUGACGGCGCCCCCACCGUCUCUCCUUAGGGGCAGCAGCUUCCCCAGGGGCCCAACAAAAACGAUGGCACCCCCCAGCGGCUCUCCUUAG